AUUUGACGUUGAUCAACAAAUUAAAGCAUUGAUCGAAAUUAGUAAGAAUACAGUGUCUAGCAAAAAGCUUUAAAAUAUAACCAUGGGUGUAUGUACUAAAUAGACACUCAGUUCAAUAUCUGUGGCAAGAAAGGUAAUAAUGUUUCUGAAAUGUUUUGGUGAGUCAAGUUCAUCCGGAAGACAAUAUCCAACAGUAAUAGAAGAGUUGUGUCGUCAUUUUUCUCUUGCUGAUAUUCAGAAGUCAACCAACAAUUUUGAUCAUAAGAGACUAAUUGCACGAGGAUGGGUUAAAGUAUACAAAGGUUGUCUCCAGCAUAUUGAUGGUUCUGAUUACGCAGUCACAGUGAGGCGAUUUAAUGUGGAAGACAUUGAAAUGUUCAAAAGAGAAGUAGAGUUACUGUGUCAGCUUCAUCAUCCAAAUUGUGUGUCUAUUGUAGGAUUUUGCAACCACAAAAAAGAGAAGAUCACUGUGCACGAAUACAAUAGAUCUCUACUUUACUACCUCCUAGAUGAGGUUAGGGAAACACUGCCAUGGAAAAAAAGGAUAGAGAUUUGCAUAGGAGCAGCGCGUGGACUACACUACCUUCAUGCCGGACUCAAGCGCACCAUCAUUCACCGCAGCAUCAAUUCUGCCAGCAUUCUUUUGGAUGACAACAUGCACCCAAAACUCUCAAGUUUCGGCCUUAGCAUAAUGGGAGCACAUUUCAAAGAAAAGUCAAAACCAAUACAAACGGAUCUUGUAGGUAAUUGUUCUUUAAGUAUGUUAUUGUACCGUAAUACAUUGAUGAGAUUCUCUGACUCCAAAGAACUAUUUGAUAGGCUAAACUAUCAAAUAUGGCCUGUCAAAAUGGAAGCACAUCUUGAUGUUAACGAUAUCAAGAGAGACAAAUAUGAUAAAAAGGAAAAAGUGGGAAUCUUUGAAGGCUAUAACUCAACAUCAAAAGCCUAUAGAAUAUUCUUGCCACAUUGUAAUAAAAUUAUUGUUAGCAGAGAUGUGCAAUUCUUUGAGGAAGAAAAAUGGGGUAAGGAAAAUGAGAAGAAAUCGCUUCAAGUUCAGGAGGAAAGUGUUGGGUGA